GCCGGCCGGGGCGAGUGUGCCCGGAGGAGGAGGGAAAGGCACCCGCUCCACUCCCGGCCCGGCUGCGAGGAGGAGGCGGCGGCGCUAGAGGAGGAUGUACUUGGUGGCAGGGGGCAGGGGGCUGGCCGGCUGCGGGCACCUCCUGGUCGCGCUGCUGGGGCCGCUGCUGCUGCUGCUGCUGCUGGCGCGCUCGGGCACCCGGGCGCUAGUGUGCCUGCCCUGCGACGAGUCCAAGUGCGAAGAGCCCAAGAACUGCCCAGGCAGCAUCGUGCAGGGGAUCUGCGGCUGCUGUUAUAUGUGCGCCCGGCAGAGGAACGAGAGCUGCGGCGGCGUGUACGGGCUCCACGGAGCCUGCGACCGGGGGCUUCGCUGUGUCAUCCGCCCCCCGCUCAAUGGCGACUCCAUCACGGAGUACGAAGUCGGCGUUUGCGAAGAUGAAAACUGGGACGAUGACCAGCUGCUUGGUUUUGAGCCAUGCAAUGAAAACCUUAUCAUGGGCUGCAACAUUAUCAAUGGGAAAUGCGAAUGUGACACCAUUCGAACCUGCAAUAAUCCCUUUGAAUUUCCGAGGCAGGAUAUGUGCCUUUCAGCCUUAAAGAGGAUUGAAGAAGAGAAGCCAGAUUGCUCCAAGGCUCGCUGUGAAGUACAGUUUUCUCCACGCUGCCCCGAAGAUUCUAUUCUCAUCGAGGGUUAUGCUCCUCCUGGUGAAUGCUGCCCAUUGCCAAGCCGUUGCGUGUGCAACCCUGCGGGCUGUCUGAGGAAAGUCUGUCAGCCAGGAUACCUGAACAUAUUAGUGUCAAAAGCAUCAGGGAAGCCAGGAGAGUGUUGUGACCUCUAUGAAUGCAAACCAGUUUUCAGUGUGGACUGCAGCACAGUGGAAUGCCCUUCCAUUCAACAGGUUGUUUGCCCGCUGGAUAGUUAUGAAACUCAAGUUAGACUGACAGCUGAUGGCUGCUGUACUCUUCCAACAAGAUGCGAAUGUCUUUCUGGCUUAUGUGGUUUCCCUAUGUGUGAGGUGGGAUCCAUCCCCCGCAUAGUCUCUCGUGGAGACGGAACUCCUGGAAAAUGCUGUGAUGUCUUUGAAUGUGUUAAUGAAACGAAACCAGCUUGCGUUUUUAACAGUGUGGAGUACUACGAUGGAGACAUGUUUCGAAUGGACAAUUGUCAGUUCUGCAGAUGCCAGGGAGGUGUUUCUAUUUGUUUCUCUGCUCAGUGUGGUGAGCUGAACUGUGAUAGAUACUAUGAGCCAGAAGGAGAAUGCUGUCCCGUUUGUGAAGAUCCAGUGUAUCCCUUUAACAAUCCUGCUGGCUGCUUUGCCAGUGGUCAGAUCCGAGCACAUGGAGACCGCUGGAGAGAAGAUGACUGCACAUUCUGCCAGUGUAUUAAUGGAGAACCACAUUGCGUUGCAACCGCCUGUGGACAAAGCUGCAUGAACCCUGUUAAAGUGCCUGGAGAAUGUUGCCCGGUGUGUGAAGAACCAUCAUACAUCACAGUUGAUCCGCCUGCUUGUGGGGCCUUAUCUAACUGUACUCUGACAGAAAAGGAUUGCAUUUACGGUUUCAAACUUGAUCACAAUGGCUGCCGAAUCUGUCAGUGCAAGAACAGGGAGGAGAUGUGCACCAGCCUCUUACAAGGAUGCACCUUGGAUUGUCCUUUUGGUUUCCAAACUGAUGCCCAGAACUGCGAGAUAUGCCAGUGCCGCCCUCGGCCCAAGAAAUGCAAGCCUGUGAUAUGUGACAAGUAUUGUCCAUUUGGAUACCUGAAGAAUAAGCAUGGCUGUGACAUCUGCCGCUGUAAGAAAUGUCCUGAGCACCCAUGCAGUAAAAUUUGCCCAGUGGGUUUCCAGGUGGACAGUCAUGGUUGUCUUAUCUGCAAGUGCCGAGAGGCUACUCCUUCAGCAUCCAUUGGGCCCCCUGUGCAAACAGGCACUUGCCUGUCUAUGGAUGGUCGACAUCAUAAAAAUGAGGAAAGCUGGCACGAUGGGUGCCGGGAAUGUUACUGUCAUAAUGGACGGGAAAUGUGUGCCCUAAUCACCUGCCCUGUUCCUGCCUGCAAUAAUCCUACUAUCCGGCCAGGGCAGUGCUGCCCAUCAUGUUCAGAUGAAUUUGUGGUACAGAAACCAGAGCUGAGCAGCCCAUCAAUUUGCCAUGCUCCCGGAGGAGAGUACUUUGUGGAUGGAGAAACGUGGAACAUUGACUCUUGCACACAGUGUACAUGUCACAGUGGGCGUGUGUUGUGUGAAACUGAAGUCUGUCCUCCCCUUCUUUGCCAAACUCCCUCGCGCACCCAGGACUCCUGCUGCCCUCAAUGUACAGAUGAACCUCUUCAGCCUUCCUCAUCAAAUAAUGAGAGCAUGCCUAGUUACUGCAAAAAUGAUGAAGGGGACAUAUUCCUGGCAGCUGAGUCGUGGAAACCCGAUGUUUGUACCAGCUGCAUAUGUAUGGAUAGCAUGAUUAGCUGUUACUCUGAGUCUUGCCCUUCAGUCUCCUGUGAAAGACCCGUUUUGAGAAAAGGCCAGUGUUGUCCCUACUGCAUAGAAGACCCGGCACCAAAGAAGGCAGUGUGUCACUUCAGUGGGAAAACGUAUGCAGACGAAGAACGGUGGGACAUCGACAGUUGCACCCACUGCUAUUGUUUGCAGGGCCAGACCCUGUGCUCGACGGUCAGCUGCCCCCCUCUGCCCUGCCGAGAGCCCAUCAACGUGGGAGGAAGCUGCUGCCCGAUUUGUCCAGAGAUGUAUGUACCUGAACCAACCAAUAUUCCCAUUGAAAAGACAAAUCAUCAUGGAGAGAUUGAAUUGGAGGUACCAGUAUGGCCUACCCCUAGUGAAAAUGACAUCAUCCAUCUCCCCAGAGACUUGGGUCAUCUUCAGGUGGAAUACAGAGAUGGUAAUGGGCCACAUCUAAGUGAAGACACUUCUCUUGCAUCUUUUGCCUGGGUUGGAGGAAUAAUGGGAGUCCUGGGUUUUAUAGUAAUAUUCCUAUUUUUAAAUCAGAAGAAACAGUGGAUUCCAGUGCUCUGUUGGUAUCGAACGCCUACAAAGCCUUCUUCCCUCAACAAUCAGCUGGUGUAUGUGGACUGCAAGAAAGGAACGAUGGUUCAGGUGGAUAGUUCUCAGAGAAUGCUAAGAAUUGCUGACCCAGAUGCAAGAUUUAGUGGCUUCUACAGCAUGCAAAAACAGAAUAACCUUCAAGCAGAUAACUUCUAUCAGACAGUGUGAAAAACUACACCCUCAGUGAGGUUUAAAAAAAAAGACAGAAAAAGACUAAAUCUGCUAUAACUUAGAAUUUGUGCACUUGCUUAGUGGGUUGUAUUGGAUUUGUGACUUCAUGUACAGCUCUAAGACCUUCCCGGGAUGGGCUUUGUCUACAGCGAGGUGCCAGAACAAGCAUUCCCACUUUUCCUCAUGAUAACUGACCAAGUGUUUUCUUAGAACCAAAGUUUUCAAAAGUUGCUAAGAUAUAUUUGCUUGUAAUAUAGCUG